AUGUCUAAUGAAUAUCGAGUGUACCCAGAUAAUUGGCGGAAUGACAUCACCGUCAAAGACGAAUCGGCAGAUGUUUCAGCUGCUUUCGACACGAAUCGAGCUUUUAUAGAGGAUAUAUCCUCGAUUAUGCGCUCUAAAACCGCUACGGCUGAUCAAAUGGAAGAUCAAAUGCAAGAGGAGAUGGUUAAGGUAAUCUUCGGCUCGAAUAACAUCGAGCGGGUCGGCCUUGGAUAUGAUGAGACCUUUCGAUUGUGUUUGGCAGUUUUCCGAGGAGAGUGCAUCACUCCGUAUCCUGCACGUUCUAUAGAAUAUCAGUCCAAGCUCGAGGAACUCGUGAAGAAGGACCUCAACCUGGGGGAAUCCGCCAUUGUUCGAGGCCGACGUGAAGUUGUUCAACACGCUGCUGCAUUCCAGCAUCUCCUCGAGGCCUUCGUGAAGUUCGACCAACCUAUCACCGAGGGCUUGAUCAAAGAAACUCACCGAAUCCUCACCACUGGGCUCAGCGGUACCAAUUCCGGUCACUUCGAUUACCAAGACUUUGGAGGAAAGUAUAGAAAAGCAGGCGAGUCAGCCUUCGGAGGAUCCCAUGAGUUUGCAAAGCCCUCAGAGAUUCCCAAAGCAAUGAAUUCUUUGGUGCAAAAUCUCGCUAACGAUAUCGAAACCAUUGAGACUACUCGGAACAUCGAUCCCUUUAUGCUCGCCGCGAGUUACUGCGAUCGAUUUGUGAACAUUCACCCCUUCAGAGAUGGCAACGGACGAAUGUGCCGAAUGAUACUCAAUGCGAUCCUCGUGAAGUAUUCUGGAAUUGUAGUAGCUUUAGGAGGAAAGGACCAAGAUCGAGAUGAGUAUCUUUUGAUUGCUCAGGAGAGCGCAAAGGUGGGGGGACAUGCAGGUCAGCUCGCUAAAUUGGUCUUAGAUUCGGCUCAAGGAACUCUCAAGAAGCUGAAGAACAAGUUGAGCAGGCGUUGA